UCUUCUAUGCAUUUGUUUGGUUUCGGGGCUUUAAAAGGAAGGAGAAUUUAAUAAUGCGAAGUGUUGCUAAAAACAGAGCAGCAACCGUCAAACACUCCUUCAAUAAUGAUAACCCAAGCAGAUAUUUCUUCUUUGUCUUCUUCUUCUUCUUCUCCGACGCCUUUAUGGACGUACGACGUCUUCCUCAGUUUCAGAGGCAAAGACACCCGCACAGGUUUCACAGACCAUCUCUAUGCUGCUCUGAUUCGGAAAGGAAUUAUCACAUUUAGGGAUGAUGAAAAGCUCAAGAAAGGAAAAUCCAUCUCCGAGCUCUUCAAUGCAAUUGAACAAUCAAGGUAUGUGGUCGCCAUUCUUUCGAGUAAUUAUGGCGAUUCGACAUGGUGUUUGGAUGAGCUUGCAAAGGCUGUUGAAUGCAAGGAACUGAUGGGACAGACACUAAUCCCAAUUUUCUUUCACGUCCAUCCAUCUGAGGUGGGAAAUCAAACAGGGAGUUUCGAGAUAGCCUUUUCUAAGCAUGAACAAGCCUUUAAAGGUAAUUUAGAAAAGGUGGAAAGGUGGAGAGCUGCACUUUCUCAAGCAGCCGGUCUCUCUAGAUACCAUUAUUUGCAUAAUGGAUAUGAAUCAGAACUCAUUCAAACUGUUGCCCUCAAUAUUUCCACUGAAUUAUAUCAAACAAUGCCAAGUGCAUUUACAGAUUUAGUUGGGAUGGAUUCCCGCGUAAAAGAAAUGCUUUCGUACUUAGAGAUAGGGUUGAAUAAAGUACGCAUGAUAGGCAUUUGGGGGAUGGGGGGAAUUGGUAAGACAACUAUUGCUCAUGUAGUUUCUGAAAGGAUAUGUGCUCAGUUUGAAGCAUACAGCUUUCUUUUGAAUGUUAGAGAGGUAACUGAAAAACAAGGUGUAGUUCAUUUACAGAAUAAACUUCUUUCAGAUAUCUUGUUGGAAAGUAGUGUAAGCAUACACAACACUUAUACAGGAAUCAGUAUAAUUAGGCGAAGAUUAUGUACUAAAAAGGUUCUUAUCAUUCUUGAUGAUGUGGAUCGGUUAGAACAAUUGAGGGCAUUGUCUGGCCAUAAUUGGUUCGGGCCAGGGAGUAGAAUCAUCAUAACCUCAAGGGAUAAACGUGUGCUCAUAGAACAUGGAGUGGACAAAAUAUAUCAGGUUAAGCCAUUGACUAACAAUGAAGCUCUUCAGCUCUUUAAUUGGAAAUCCUUCAGGAGUGACCAGGUUGGAGAAGAAUUUCUCGAGCUAUCUAAGAGUUUUGUAAAAUAUGCUAAUGGCCUCCCAUUGGCCAUUGAAAAUCUAGGUACAUCCCUCUUUCAGAGAAGCCUAGAAGAAUGGCCAGGUGCAUUAUUUAGACUAAAAGAAAGGCCUGACAAAAUAACUUUUGAUGUUCUUAAAGUAAGUUUUGACGGAUUACAGGAAAUAGAAAAAAAAAUAUUUUUGGACAUUGCAUUUUUCUUUAAAGGAGAGGACAAAUAUCGCGUAACAAGAAUACUAGAGAGUUGUUAUGGCCACUGUCCAGCCAUUCAUAUUAAAGUUCUCAUGGAAAAAUGUCUUCUAACUCCAUUUGGAAGAAAAUUGUGGAUGCAUGAUUUGAUACAAAAAUUGGGUUGGGAAAUUGUUCGUCAAGAACAUCCUGAGGCAGGCAAACGUAGCAGGUUGUGCCUUCCCAAUGAUAUCAUCCCUGUGCUUGAAAAUAAUACGGGAAUGACUGCGGUCCAAGGUGUAUUCCUGAAUUUUCAAAAAAAUGAGGAGAUUAACUUGAGUGUUAAUGAUCCUUUUUCGGAGAUGAAAAAUCUAAGAUUGCUCAAAAUUUGGAACGGGGACUUUUUUGGAAAAGCCAAAUAUCUUUCUAACCAGUUAGCAUUUUUGGAAUGGCAUGAAUGUGCUUUAAAUUAUUUGCCAUCAGAAUUUGAAUCAGAUAAGCUUGUCGAGCUCAAGAUGCAUUCAAGUCGCAUUAAACAACUAUGGACAGGGGAUAAGCAUUGGAGCAGGCUAACAUUCAUUGAUAUGAGUGACUCCGAGUACUUGACCAAGACCCCCGACUUCACUGAGGUUCCAAAUCUUGAGAUUUUGGUGCUUCAAGGUUGUACAAGACUGGUUGAGGUUCACCCAUCCAUUGGAGAUCUCAAAAAACUUAUUUUGUUGAAUAUGAGAAACUGCAAAUGUGUUGAGAGCAUUCCACCUUUCAAAAGUUUGAAAUCUCUUAAAACCUUUGCUCUGUCCUCCUGUUCAAGACUCAAGAAGUUUCCCGAAAUUGAAGGAAAUAUGAAAUUCUUGUUGGAGGUCUAUUUAGAUGAGACUGCUAUUGAGGAAUUGCCUACAUCAAUUCAACAUUUCACCAGUCUUACAUCGUUGAACUUAAGAGACUGCAAACACCUUUUGUCUCUUCCGAGUACCAUUCAAUAUUUGACAUCUCUGAAAAGCCUCAUUCUAGCUGGUUGUUCAAAGUUUGAUGAGAUACCUGAGAAUCUGAGUUGUGUGGAAUGUCUAGAGGAGCUUGAUAUAAGUGGAACUGCUAUAAGAGAAUCAUCAUUCGUUGUAGGUAUGAUGAAUCUAAAAUAUUUAUCCUUCCGAGGAUGUAAAGAUAUACCUUCAGAAUCAUGGCACUCGCUCUUUAAUUGUUUGUGGUGCAGAAAGAGCCAUGUCCCCACGAGUUUGUUGUUGCCUACUUCCUUCUCAAGUUUAACUUGUUUGACAGAGCUAGACAUAAGUUAUUGCAAUCUGAUGGAUGGAGCAAUUCCCAAUGAUUUUGGCAGCUUAUUGUCCUUAAGAAAAUUAAAUUUAGGUGGUAACAAUUUUGUUCGGUUACCAGAAAGCAUCUCUCAACUCUCCAAGCUUGAAUCUCUCAACUUGAGUAAUUGUAGAAGGCUUCAAUCGCUUCCUAAGCUGCCAUUAAGUGUUCAACAUGUGAAUGCAGAACAUUGUAUUUCACUAAUGGAUUGCCAAAAUCAAUUCAAACUAUGUACUUCAGCUGUCUCAGAAAUGACGACUGUCAAUUCCCUCAACUCAUCCGAGAACCAAGAAUAUUGUACUUCAGUUCCAAGAUGUGUCUCAAGAACGUAUACUUCUGCAGGCUUUGGAAUCACUACUUUCAGUAUAUCAUCUGAGCAUCAACAAUGGAAACCAAGUGUUGAUUCAUCGAUGCCAACUCAACUGUUUCAAAAAGACCUUGAAUUAUUGGAUUGUAGGUCAUAUUCCAUGAGCUCUGUUUGUGCUCUAAAUGAAAUUCCAGAGUGGUUCAGCAAUGUAGUUACUGGCGAUUCCAUAGAAAUCUCAAUACCUCCAGAUUUGAAAGAUAAUAAGAAGUGGAUGGGGGUUGCUGCUGUUUUCUUAGUCAAAGGACACCCUGCUGUUUCCGACAGUGAAUCAGAUUCAGAAACUUCUGAUUACUUAUAUAGAUUCACAUUGCGAACUCAUGAGUUUCAACUGGAACCAUAUCUCCUUGACUGGAAAGAAAGUUGCACCUUUGUCAGAUUUAAUUCUGAUUGUUUUCUUUGUUUUUUCUAUGUAUCUCAUCUGCGCUUUCCGAGGAUGUUAAAUGAAUCAAGAUCAAUGUGGGCUUUAUCGGAAACCAGCAGCCUGUGCAUGGUGAUACAGAAAUGUGGGAUUCGUCUUGUUUAUGAGCAAGAUGUUGCAGGGUUUAUCCAAACAUCUAUGCAGUGUUUUGAUGGAGGCCAACAUCAAAUUGUUCUACAGGAAGUUGAUAAAGCUACAUUUGAGAGUCUGGAUGGUUUAAUGUAGUGCACAAGUACAUUUUGAGACGCCUUGCAGGGAGGAACUACUUCUGAAGAAGGCUCUAAUUCUGCUGAGAAGGAACAUUAAGUCGGUUAUUCUGAGAUGCCUUCAGCUCUCUCUCUCUCUCUCUCUCCUCCAAAUUGGGUCGUUGAUGGUAAUCAGAUCAUUUCGUGUCAAGUACCACCAGAUCUCAAGAAUUCAUGGGCCGACGGGCGGCCAGGACAGAAUGGGUGGGAACUACUAACCAUGCGGAGAAAGUCAUGUGGUUGCAUGCAUGCAUUGAAUUCUAUUUGCUUCAUCUAUAUCGCACGUGCUUGAAUUCCUGAUUCCUGGAAGCAUAAGUAAUGAAUUCAGGACAACUGUUCUGCCGCGUCCAAUAUAGCCUUGGCUUAGGAUUGCAUGAAUGUGCCCUUGGUCCCCUCCCCUGCCAGUUAUAUGCAAAUUGCCACCUAAUAAUCAUUGUGAUUCUCAAGCUGCAGAAGAUGAAGAUGAUAAUCAUGUUACGUCCAUGUUAAACGCAUUUGACAGAAAGGCAAGGAAGAAGGGUUGCCUUCCAAAUUCCUUUUCUUUAGUAAAUUUUUGUGAAACUUUGAAAAUAAUGUUGUAUAUAAAGGGAUAAGAUAUUUUCUU